UGACUCCGCGGCCUUCGGUGCUACGCUUCCAUCGAAGGCUGGAUGCGGGGACACCGCGCCGGCCUGCGUUUUGGGUCAGGCAGGACGCUGGACGCCUACACCACUGGCUCGGCCGCCCGCCCCGCCCCUCCGGCUGCGUCGCCGAAGCGCCGCGGGUCAGGAAGGUCCCCGGGAGGCGGGUCCUCCUGGAAGCCUGCGGCGGAGCUGGGAGGGCUGGGCCGCUACCCUUCCGCAAAAGGGAGUAGAUCUUGGACUCCUUCACUUCGUUCCGCCCACGAGGGGACGCGGCUCCGAGACAGUGGAUUAUACUUCAUUGUACUCCAAAUUGUAUGCUACUGAUGGGAACUAUUAAAGUUUAUAAUGUCAGAAACUUUCCUUAGACCAAAGGUAUCUUCCACAAAGGUAACAGACUGGGUAGAUCCAUCGUUCGAUGAUUUUUCAGCGACAACUGCCAUCACUACUAUCACUGCUUCAUCAUUAGCUCUGAGUAAUUCCAGUCACAGAAGGAAAAGUCUGUCCUCCACAUUAGAAAGUAACAGAUUGCCGGCUAGAAAAAGAGGAAAGCUGUCUCCUUUAGAACAGACUUAUGGUGUAGAAACUUCAAAAGAAUAUCUGUCUGACAAUGAGCCGUGGGUGGAUAAAUAUAAACCAGAAACUCAGCAUGAACUUGCUGUGCAUAAGAAGAAAAUUGAAGAGGUUGAAGCCUGGUUAAAAGCUGAAGUCAUAGAAAUGAAGCCAAAACAGGGUGGGUCUAUUUUACUCAUAACAGGUCCUCCAGGAUGUGGGAAGACAACUACUGUAAAAAUACUAUCAAAGGAGCAUGGGAUCCAAGUACAGGAAUGGGUUAAUCCCGUUUUUCCAGACUUCCAAAAAGAUGAUUCCAAGGAGUUACUUCACUUAGAAUCAAAAGUCUACAUAGUUCCAUACCAGUCUCAGAUAGCAGUCUUCAAUGACUUUCUGUUAAGAGCUACCAAGUAUAACAAACUGCAGAUGCUCGGAGACGACCUGACAACUGAUAAGAAGAUAAUUCUGGUCGAAGACUUACCUAACCAGUUUUAUCGAGACUCUCAUGCUUUACAUGAGAUUCUAAGGAAGUAUGUGCAGAUUGGUCGGUGCCCUCUUGUGUUUAUAAUCUCUGACAGUGUCAGUGGAGAUAACAAUCAGCGAUUACUCUUUCCCAAAAAGAUUCAAGAGGAGUGUUCUAUUUCAAACAUUAGUUUCAACCCUGUGGCACCAACAAUUAUGAUGAAGUUUCUUAAUAGAAUUGUGACUAUAGAAGCUAGUAAGAGUGGAGGAAGAGUUGUUGUUCCUGAUAAAACGUCCCUGGAGUUGCUCUGUCAAGGGUGUUCUGGUGAUAUCCGAAGUGCAAUAAACAGCCUCCAGUUUUCUUCCUCCAAGGGAGAGAACAACUUAUGGUCAAAGAAAAAGAGAAUGUCAUUGAAAUCGGAUGCUGCAAUAUCAAAGUCAAAGCAAAGAAGGAAACAUAAAAAUGCUUUGGAAAAUCAAGAGAUCCAAGCUAUUGGUGGAAAGGAUGUUUCUCUCUUUCUCUUCAGAGCUCUGGGGAAGAUUCUGUACUCUAAAAGAGCACCUUUAACAGAAGUAGACUCACCUCGCUUGCCUGCCCACUUAUCAGAGCAUGAACGGGAUACGUUACUUGUUCAGCCUGAGGAAAUAGUAGAAAUGUCACAUAUGCCAGGAGACUUUUUUAAUUUAUACCUUCACCAAAACUACAUAGAUUUCUUUGUGGAAGUAGAUGAUCUUGUGAGAGCCAGUGAAUUUCUGAGCUUUGCAGAUGUCCUCGGUGGUGACUGGAAUACACGCUCUUUACUCAGGGAAUAUAGUACAUCUGUAGCUACAAGAGGUGUGAUGCAUUCCAAUAAAUCCCGGGGAUUUGCUCAUUGCCAAGGAGGAGGAUCAAGCUUUCGACCCUUACAUAAACCUCAGUGGUUUCUCAUACAUAAAAAGUAUCGGGAAAAUUGCCUCGCAGCAAAAGCACUCUUUUUCGACUUCUGCCUUCCAGCUUUGUGUCUUCAGACUCAGCUCUUGCCGUAUCUUGCGCUGCUGACCAUUCCAAUGCGAAACAAAGCUCAGAUUUCUUUUAUCCAAGAUAUUGGAAGACUUCCUUUGAAGCGAAACUUUGGAAGGUUGAAAAUGGAAGCCCUGACUGACCGAGAAUUUGGGCUGAUAGACCCUGACAGCGGGGACGAAUUCCAGCGUAAUGGAGGACAGCCUGCACAGGAAGCUCAGGGUGAACCCUCUCAGACUGCUGACCUAGAACCCUGGUCUCUUCCUUUGAGUCAGAACAGUGGGAGUGACCUGCCUGCCAGCCAGCCUCAGCCCUUUUCCUCCAAAGUGGACAUGGAGGAAGAAAAGGAAGAAGACAUAAUAAUAGAGGACUACGACAGUGAUGAGACAUAGAAAAGAGCCUGCCAAUCAAAUUGCUACUUGAGAGACUUAGUCAGUGGUACUUGAACAGCAUUAACACGCUGCUGGUGAAUGACAAGCAGUUUGCUGAUUGCUCAGCUCUUAGAGUAUUCCUUACGAGCAGCUGCCUUCUGUCUUCUUGAAGUAAAGCAGGUCUCAAGUACUCAGUACUUAGUAUUUAUUUAGUCUUGUGAAUGGUUUUGGGAGGAGAGGUCACGUGUAAAGUAUGUUUUUGAAUGUCAUGCUCAAAUAUCAGAAAAUGUGAAGGAGUAAUCCAGAAUAUACAGACUUUAUGGGGUGUUGUAAAUGUGAUUUAUAAAACACUUUAGGAUGCAAAAAUCAACUUUGUGCCUUAUUUACAGUUUGCAUCUAGCUUCUCAGAUACCAUUUUGGUAUGUUGUACAGUGGAAUAUUUUAGAUACUUCUGGAAAGUAUUUACAUAAUUUAUAUCAAAAUUAAAAUGUUGGAUUUCA